AUGGCUUUCAGGCCUUAUGACGAACGUCGAAUGUGGGUUUCAAUUUAUUUUCAAGGUGAAUUUUGGACAGGUAUGAGAAGUACUCAACGGAGUGAGAGCAUGCACGCCUUUUAUGGUGGUUACUUGCAUUGCAAGAGUGGACUGGUUCAGUUCGUGCAUGAGUAUGACAACGUGCUUGGGAACAAGGAGCAUAAGAAACUGGAAGAUGAUACUACAGACUCUAAAGGAGUUCGUGAGUACACAACCUCUAAGUUUAGGGAAGUACAACAGGAAUUCAGGAAAAAAGGGGAUUAUUUAGUCCGUGGUGCGACUCACGAGGGUGAUUUAUUUCGUGUGAUUGUGAAAGAGCAAUACAUGUUAUAUGGGGAACCUAGGUCCUGGAACAAUAUUGUCGAGUUUGACCCGUUGACACACAAGAUUCGGUGCGAGUGCAACAUGUUUGCAUCGAGAGGUAUUCUUUGUUGUCAUUAUCUUGCUGUUUACUUUUAUUACGGAGUAGACAGAGUACCAUCUUGUUAUGUUCUCCCUCGAUGGAGCAAGAAUGUACAGCGAAAACACACUUUCCUUAAGAGUAGCCAUGACGAGAAGCGAUCGGAUGAAAGCCACAACUUAUUUAGAAGACGGUGUACGCACUUCUUUAAUGUGGCACAGGAAUUCGUGACAUGCGAAGAAGAGGCGGCUAUGUUACAUUCGGGUCUUGAUGAGUUAAGGGCCAAGUUGGUUGAUUAUCGUGCGAACUUGGGGUCCAGAAGUGUUCCCAAUACAGAUAACAACAUGGUGACACAGUCUGACCCAACUUGUGUUGCAUCUGACAUUCAAGGUCCCUCUAAGGUCGCAACAAAGGGUCGACCGAGACUGAAGAGGCUUGGAUCUGAACUGGACGCAUCCAUUAAGAGAUAUAUGCGAAGAAAGAAGAAUAAUCCACCUCCGGUAAAUAAUGGAGCAAUCAAUCCAAACAUAGUGGUGAUUCCUGCUCUGAACACGAACGAAUCACAUGGAAAUGGUGGGUUCUUGUCUUUGUUACAUUCAUUUUGA